AGCUUCAGUUGGGUGGUCGGUGCUUACGGAAAAUCAUCCUCGGACAGGCGAUCCUCGGUGACUGUAUCUCGUCCGUACGUUCGCUGGCAUGCCGUAUCAGGAAAGGAGGGCUGUUUUCGUUUGCCGUCUGCUAGGAUCGAUGGCGAAACGAUCGGGUGGACUGUGAUUUCGUGGAAAAAGCUUUGGAUACUGGCCGCAACUUUUUCGGAUUUGUAGCCCGGAUAAUAACACGGAUUUUACGGUGGGUCAAAACUACGCGGAAACAUUGACAGCUCGAGCUGCUGGCAAGGUGAGGCUGAAGUAAAGUGGAAGAAAAUAAAAUCGCCAGUGAGUGUGUACAUAAAAGGGUCGAGAAGUGCGAAAAUCGAUUUCGUUCUUCUGGCGAAAGAGGAAAGCCGAUUCAGUUUUUUCGUGAGGGGGGCAUCAGAGUGACGGAUUUUUUUUGCUGUUGUUAAUAUUGAAGUAGUUUAUUUGUGCCGUGAAUUGUUGUACAAUGAGUAGUGUGGAAGGUUAAACAUGAAAUCAAACUAAACAUACUGUGAAAGGGUCCGCCGGUCGCAGUGUUUCUGGUUCCUCUGCCGUUGGAAAUUAGCCUGCCGUAAGCUUCGGUGGUCCACUAGAAACACGAAACGGUGCACGGGAUUAAGUAGAAAAGUGAGUUGUGUUUUUUUAUUCUACUUCCGAAGUAUGAAACGGAAUUCGUGUUUCAAUCACGCGAGAAAUUUGGAAAAAUCCAAGCCAAGCGCACAGUGAGGUUGCGUGCGGCGAACAGUUUCGAUACCGUUAAAGCAGCCGGGCCUAACGAGAGCAUUCAAAUGAACAGUUGAUUACCCUAACAAAAUACCCGAAAAGUGCAAACGGAAUUCCGCCCGGAAGUGAUUUAAAGAUAAAAUUCUCCGAAGCAAAGUGCUCCAACAACUUCGGCCCAAACGAUUCACAGUGGUUUUUCGCAGUGGCACUCUGACUGACGAAGAAAGGCAUAAAUGUUCAAAAGAUAAGAAAAAUUGGUCCAAAGCAAAACAGGAAUAACCCGGCGUCGCCAGCGAAAGCCGCAAACCCGCCGCGUCGAUAAGUCAACCGUAGCAAAUUGUGAUAUUUGUGCUACCCGGUGUGGAAAUUUCCCAUAGGAAAACCCGGGGAGAAAAUCCAUAACACAGCUAUUUUUACCGUGCGGUCACUUUUGGACACCGAAUGCCAACGGCCAGGGGGAUGUUAAUGUGCUGAACAAACCCCAAAAUAACACAGUUAAUUCGGAAAAGUGUACGAGGUGGAUGAAGCAACAACAGAGCAAAAAAUACUGGUGUGCAAUAAAUUGAUUCUGUUUAGUAUUCGCACUGUGGAGCACCCAAUUUUAUGACGCUGACGCUUAUGGCAGCAAUCCUAGCAGAGGGGUCCGUGUUUUCGCCCGUCGUUCGCAACUGUGUAUACGAAAUUGUCUGGUGACGCAGCUUUCCAGCACCCGAUUGGGAAAUCUCAAGCGUUUUUUUUUGCUGGGAUAUCUCUUGUGGCAGUGAAUGUUGUUCCCUGGUGUUUUUAUCCGAUUCGAUAAAAAGGAAAGUGAAAAUAAAUAAUAAUCUAGAGAAAAUACUCGACAACGACAACGGCAAAGGCGAACACGACACUGUCACUGAAUAACACCCAGUGCCGCAAGGCUAUCGAGGAAUUGCAGAAAGCAGCUGCGGGACAGACGAUAAAGUGAGGUAAACUACGAGAAACUAAAUGACGUUCUCUCGAUGAAAACAAGACAAGUGCUUAACAUUGUAUAAAUAGCUCUGGAAGCGGUGAACCGCAGGAAACACGUGCAUAAAUCAUCCACCAUUAUACGAUUGGCGCUCGAGCGGAUUUAAUAACUGCAAAUUGUUUGAACUUAAUGCUGAUAUUAACUGACAGACGUCCUGCCGUCGUUCUUUCCCCGCAUCCAGCCCCCUACCUGACGGAGACAACAGCGGUGUCCAACGUUACCUUCAGUCCAGUGCGCUCCAACCUGUUUCGCAAUGACAAUUGAUUUUAAUAGUGUAAUGAAAAUUUUGCUGAGCUGCGACGCAGCCUAGUGUUGUCGCCUGGGAGGCUGGGAAAAAGUUCCUCUGCGUUAUAGUGUUGUAAGUGUGUCCAGUGUGUGUACUCACGUGCGGACUGACUGACCGCAACGAACGGCCACCGAGCGACGCGACGAGAGAGCAUUUGACAGCGAUGGCGCCAUAAUGAUACCGUCACAGUGGGAUGUCCGUUCAUUGCGAUAGUGCUCCGCACAGCUGGCAAAACUAAUUCCUUAUCAUACACUUCCCCACCCGGAUCCUGGUGCUAGUGGUUUCCUCCUCUAAAAACGAGGUAGAAAAUCGGAAAGUUUUCCUUCUCUUCAAGCGGGGUGCGAACGCGAACGCUCUCGAUAGUGGAAUAAUGUGAUAAUAGACGAGGGAGAAAAGUUUCCGACGGUUCCGACGGUCCGGUGUACGCGAUAAAGAUUGAGAACGCACUACGAACGAACGAACGGUAAAGUGAGGGAUUGAGUGAGUGUAGUAACGGGUGCAGGGCUAAACGAUCGGUUGCGAGCUCCGACGGCACUAUAAUGACUAGCUGAAAGUGUCCGCAAGAAUGCUUCCCGGUGAAAUGUGGCGGUGCACUCAAGUGUGAUCUAGUCAAUUGUUGAAAGAGUAGAGUUUUUCAAUUAAAGCGAUAGCCGUGGAGAGUGACAAGUUAAUCCGUGGAAAAAGUUAGCGCAUUCCAGGGGCUACUACAACCAUGCGGGCUAUGAUGAUGGAGUUAAAACUGAUAAUCCUGUGUUUGCCGUCGAUUCUGUUGGCCACCACGCUGGAUUCAGAUCACAAAUCAAUACUUGGUAACACAGACUGGAGAAAGCUCUGGAUGGAAACGGGCCAGCUUGGAAGCGGUGGUGGGGGGACAUCCAGCAGUAGUGGUGGAUCCAGUUCCAACGGUGCAGGAGCGGGAGGAGGUAUCAGUGGUAUCAGCGCGGGAAUUGGAACUGUCAGUGCUGGCAUCGGCAGUCCUAGGAUAGACAAUCACCUCGACAGCAGCGAUUCGACGCUGCUUGAUGAUGGCGAGGUGAUGGCGCACAACACAACCGUCCAGCUCGGAGGCGUCGCGUUCCUGGUCUGCAAGGUGGCAGGCGUGGACAGAGUGGGUGUACAUUGGAGCCAAAUUUCGUGGAUCCGCCGGAGGGACUGGCACAUCCUGUCAUCCGGAGCGCAGAUGUACACCAACGACGAACGGUUCGCGAUUCUGCACACGCCCGGCUCCAACACGUGGACCCUACAGAUCAAGUUCGUUCAGCGGAGGGAUCACGGUACCUACGAGUGUCAGGUAUCGACACCAACCGGGGUUAUUUCCCAUUUCGUGAAUCUGCAAGUGGUGGUACCCGAAGCGUUCAUUCUCGGUUCCGGCGAGCUGCACGUGGAUAUGGGAUCAACAAUCAAUUUGGUUUGCAUAAUUGAGAAGAGUCCUCAACCGCCACAAUACGUGUACUGGCAGCGAAACGACCGGAUGAUCAACUACGACGACUCGCGGCGGGACAUUUCGAUCGAAACGGUGCCCGGACCACGAACUCAAAGCCGGCUCAUUAUCCGGGAGCCCCAGAUCAACGAUUCCGGCAAUUACACAUGCUCGGCCAGCAACACCGAGCCCGCGAGCAUAUAUGUGUUCGUGUCGAAAGGUGACAACACAGCUGCCAUUUCUCGCCGGAAAACGAGCGGUGCUGGGGCUACAAUUGCGGUGACUUCGCACCUAUCUUCGUUGUUGUUGGACUGCCUAUUCGUGAUUCCCGGUGUGAUAGCAUCUUUACUAUUGACGUCUCGAUAUCAGGCCUGAAUGGAAACGUAAAUUUCCACGAAUUGUUUCGAAGGGAAGCAGCAGGCAACGCUGCUGUCGAAAUUCACUAGGUAGCCUCGUGGCGCAGGAAUUGUUAAAACCGCGACCAUUAGGAUGUAUCGUUUUCCCGUGUAUAUUCUGUGAAAAACAAAAACGGUUGCAUAACUCAAAACGACGAUCUAUGGAUAGGAUAAUUUCUCCCGUUGUUUCAAAUAAAUUCACUCGAUGUAACGUCGUCGCUAUGCAAAGCGUGGAAAACCAAAACUGUAAAUCUCUUUUCCGCACGUUCCCAGAACGGAAAUUAAAAUGCGCGAUGCUGGAACAACAAAUGGGGCGUGUUACACCGUGUAAAAUAAUGUUCAAUUUUUUCCCCCAAAGUGUGGAGAGAAAACUCCAAACCAACCCUACACAGUUACAUGUUAAGAAGGUAAAACAGGAUACACUCUAGAAUAGCGUAAAUGAAAUCCAUUGUUAAGUACACUAAAACACUGCAACCCGUAGCGAAUUCACCAAACUUAGACAAAUUCACACAGCAACUUGGUAACCACGCACUACGGUGGAGUUUCGACUAACCAAUAAGUAAUUUCUGUACAUAUUUCCAACAUGUAAGUUAAAAUGUGAGUAACCACAGAACCAAAUAGAAAAUGCCCCGAGCAGGUCAAUAGCUAAAAAAAAGAUCAACUGGAGAAAAAAAUCAGAGCUUAAUAUUUAGCAAAGUUGCCAUUCGUUCGUACGGAAAAAGAAACACGAAACUAACAUUAACUAAAGAAGCAAACAAAUGAUAUGCAGAGAAGAGCAAAACCGACUUCGAUUGAUGUACAUGUAAUUUCCAGAGCAACAAUAUUGAAACGUGCAGAAGUAAAUCAUUAACAACCAGUUCAUGGGGAACCGAAAAAAGUCCUAUUGAUAAAGAACUGCAUCACUGCAUCACAGUUGAAGGUGAAAAUUUGGUUGAAUUUCGACUUUGCUGCCAAAUUUCAUCAUGAUCGUAUUAUUUGCUUUCUUACAACCUUUUUUAAAUCCAUUUUUUUAAGUAUUGUUGUUACUCGUAUUUCCUCCAUCAUUCACCGCUCUUGAAUGUUAAUUACCGUCGCUUUCCGCAGUGCCCCAAGACUCGCGUAUAUGUGCUGUGUGGGAUUAAAUUUCCUACCCGAACACGUGCACUUUGAAUAUUGUAAAUGAUUAAAUGUACACUAAUUAAAAGGCUUUGCAUCCGAAAAAAGGGAAAAUUUUUCGGUCGCCUCUCGCCUCCCACCUGGGAAACUGGAAUGACAACCGACAGUGUGACCUCAAUCGGGUCGAAUAUUCGAUUACAAAACGUUGCAUUGGAAUUAGGUUAUUGUUUUCAAUCCUGCCUUCCCCAUUUGAAACGAACAUGCGCAAUCUUACGCACAAUGAUACGAGAUAGUCACGAUCUUCAUGAGUUCAAUGAGUAUCUCGUUAUUGUUUGCUCACAAAGUCAAUCGAUGUAAUUGAAUCUCGGACACCCUACGAAAUUGUUCCCAUUUUCCUGUGGAUAUUUAUCAUGUGAAUGAAAAAUGAAUAGGGCCUUCAUCAUUGUUUACUGCCACAAUGUUUACAAAGUAAGAAUAACAAACAUGAUGUGUACAAAUUAAAUCGAAUUGGAACGAGUUAAAAAAGCAACAAAAAAGUCGGACACAGAUUGCGAAUAGCUUGGCUGCACCUUGAUGAAAAUUCAUCAUUGCCACUUCCGACACGGCUCAGCUUCUCUGAUUACUACUCAUAAGCGGUUCCCGAAAUGUCUGAUUUGCAUAAUUAAUGGUUCGUUAAUUGUGAAAAGUUCUCCGAUGGUGUGGUCCGGUCCGAGCACCUUGCAGCUCCGAGAAUGAUUCACCCCUUCAUUCAAUUCCAUAGCCCGCGAUAACAAUGAUUGAUGAUUGAGAGCCAAUCAUCAGCGAGAGUGCGGUAGUUUGUCGAAACAGCGUAAAGUGGAUACAAAUUGUGCGAUACCGAGUACUUCCGUUCGGUCCGGAAAACGAUACUAACGGUCACAAAAUGCGAAGCAUUCGAAAGUUCGAGUGGUUUUCAUUUCAUAGCACAAGCUAUCUGCAAUUAAAUUGAACACUGUUUGAUUAUUUUCAUUUCAUCGCAGUGCAGCGAAAAAAAAAUCAAUCAAUAAUUGUUCAUUUGUCGAGUACAGCUGCAACGGUCAAUUUUAUUACCAAUUCAAAGAAUUUUCUGCAGCAACUGGAGUGGAAAGAAUUUGUUUGAUGGUAAUUGAUCGGUUUGGACAAACUAUUUUUUCAAUGCUUUUAAUUUUUCGGAAAUUUUUAAAUUUUUAAAUUGAAAGUUGCACACCGCAGCAGCAAAAACGAAAUUCAAUCCCAUCAAAACUGAAACUCGUAAAAUUGUUAUUGCAAGAAAUACGAAUCCAAAUUGUUACUUCUGAGCAUAAAGUUACAGCAACAAAAGUCGGAUUCACUACACAGAGGAAUUGUCUGGCAACCAAAACUACGAUGGAGAUAAGUUCUGCAUAAAAAAAAUCUGUUUUUGGAAAACACCUUUGAAGCAUAUAUGGUGCCACUUCAUAUAAAAAAUAUCACUGUUUGGUUGUAAAAUAAUUCAUAAUCCUAUCACCAAAUAGUAGGUCCGAGCAUGUACAAUCCGGAACGUGGCGCAAAUAAAACCAAACAAAGCACACUCUUUUCUAGGACAAUUUCGUUUAAAACGAUCUAACUUUAACCAUUUCAUACGAAAGAAAAAAUCCUUAAAGGAUCCUGUUUUGUUAUUCCCAGUCUAAGAGAACGGAAGCUGUAAAAAGGAAAUGAUUGUUGAACUAAGCUAAGUUAAUCCACCAGUGGAAUAAAAAUACACUCACACACACGCAAGAGACGGUGAUUUGUAAUAUACUAAAUCUAAUUAAAUUUAUAAAGUUCUAGAGAUAAGUCCAACUAAAAUGAACCCAUUACCAAAAUCCCCGCGAAACAAAACAAAAAAACAAUGACUACUAAAACCUACAACAACAAAAAAACAAAGCGUAGUUAAACUAUUUAAUCCACUAAGAUGAUAAUUACGAUCAAGAGAAGAACGUCUGAUCAAGUGAACGAGUGUGAAGACUAGAGUCCGAGCCCAUCGAGAGCGAAGACGACAAAACUCUCUGUAAUUAGUUAAACUACACUUUUUUUGCGUCUUUUCUUUCCCUUGGUUUUUUUUUCUGUUUGGACAGAGCUUAGGAAGCAAACAAAAAAAAAUCCUGAUGAAUAGCAUGGAAACCAGAAAAAAAGGACGGUGAAAUAAUAAGGAAGUGAGAUGGAGCUAACCCAUCACCAUUACAAUUAAUGUAGCAAGGAGUACUUAAGAGAAAACUCCCGCGAUGGGAUCUAUUGAAGAAAGAAAAAAAAAUAAUACAGAGAAAGGAUGAAUAAAAAUUUCUUUUCGUAAAAAAUCUA